AGGAAAUGCUAUGGAAAACAUCCGCGAAACGUCCAAACUUCGUUGGGGUUUUGUUGGGUUGGCGUGAGCAAGCUGGUGGUUGAGCGUUGGUGGGUUGAGUGGUGCGCGUAGGCUGGAAGGAGGACAACAGACAAGCACCGCAACGGCUGCCACCUCACCGCGGUGCAACUGUGACGACGACGACGACAACAUCAAAGAUGAUGAUGAUGAUGAUGCAUGGCGCACGGCGGGGGCUGUCCGUGGUGGCAAGACACAUGCGGCAGCAGCAGCAAGGAGGAACGAGGUCGCUGCCAGUACGACUGCACCCACAAACAGCUCAACUAGCACAGCAACAGGGGAGAUGGAACCGGCUGUCACCGUGGACGGUGGCUGUGAUGCAGCAAAGUGGGCUGCAGGAACGGUCCGUUGGCAAGUUUGUCGCGUUUGGCAUCAUCUACACACUGGGCGUCCUUGGAGGACUCCUCGUCUACCAGACGAUCAACGCUAAAGAUGUGACAGACCAGGAACGACGAGAGACAUGGGAGACGAUUGCCAAUAGCUAUGACAAGGAUAUCCACGACUCUGAACGAUCGACGGGCGUGCUCAAGCAGCGACAACAGCUCCUGCAGCAGCACGCAGCCGGCCACGUCCUCGAGGUGGCGGCUGGCACGGCGCGCAACCUGCCCUUCUACCCGCCGGCCGUGUCGCAGCUCACCCUGUGCGAUCAGAGCCAAGCCAUGAUUGACGAGGCAAGGGCCAUUGUACAGGACUUUGACACCCAACACCCUCACCACACCAUUGCGUACCACACAGUAGAGACAGGUGCAGCAAGCUCAGACAACGUACACGACGCUGGCAGCCGUGAGCAGCCUGAAGCGAAUAUUGCAGUCGACUUUUUGACUGGCGGGACCGAGGCACUGCCUUUUCCCGCCAACACAUUUGAUACCGUUGUCGACACAUUUGGACUCUGCUCUUUUGAUGACCCCGUGACUGCCCUCCGCGAGAUGCUUCGCGUGUGCAAACCAGGCGGAAAGGUGCUGCUGCUGGAGCACGGCACAUCGCACUGGCUGCCGCCCGUGAGCCUGUAUCUGAGCUGGCGGGCGCGGUGUCACGCUGCGCGCUGGGGCUGCUGGUGGGACCGCGACAUUCGCGCCAUCGUCGACGAUGCGACACGCCAGUACGAGCAGGGCGGUUGUGAUGCCUCGACAGAUGCAAAUGCCAGUGCUGCACCGUCGCCACAGCCGCGUGUGCGUGUGGAAAAGGCGGCUAGCUUCCACUUGGGCACUGGGUAUGCGUAUGUCCUUCACAAGCAACGAUGACAACCACAAACGGAUAAACAAAGCAGGCAGGAAAUGCAGGCAAGCGAACCAGCAACCAGGUGGAACAAGCAAACAAGUCACAUCACCGCAUCAUGCUCACGUAUGCUCCACGCACCCGUUUCUCA